AUGUCCCACUUCGACACCCUCUCCCGCACCACCUCCAGGGCGGGCUCCUCCGUCUCCAGGAAUCAGUCCCUCAUCAAGAAAAACACUGCCCCCCAUGAGCUCAAGCCCUCAGACAUCCUCAUCGAGCGCUUCCAGGCUUGGAAGGGCAUCGUCAAGAUGCUCAUAGCCUAUUUCGAAGGUAUCGCCGACAUUGAGGCCAACACCUCCAAGGAGCUCACCAAGCUCGGUGCCGUCAUCCAAGUUCCCUUCAGACCCGGAAACCAGUUCCUCGGUGAAGGCGGUAUGCAGGAUGUGUUUUACACCAUCCGAGACAAGACCCGCUUGAUUGCAGAUUCCCACGCCUCUCUCGCCAGGACUAUCGAGUCCUCCAUCGUGCAGCACUUGCAAAAGUUGAGAACCGAGAUAAAGGCGCACAUCAAGAAUGUGCAGAAUGACACUGGCAAGCUCGCUACCAGCGUGGCCAAGGAGAGGGAGCUUUCCACGAGGGCUAUCGCCGACUUGGCGAGGGCGAUCAACUCGGUCAACAACACUCCCAUGCAGGUCGGUUCCAAGGAGGACCCUUUCGCGGUCAACCAGGCUGUCUUGAAGCAGCUCCAGAGGCAGGUCAACGAAGAGAAUGCUCUCCAAAAAUCCAUCAUCAUCAUGCAGCAAAAUUCUGCCCACUUUGAAGAGGGCAUCGUCCGCUCCAUCCAGUCUGCCUGGUCUACCUUCGACGAGUGGCAGGCCCGCAUGUCCGAGUCUGUCCAGGAGACCUGGCGCAACCUCGGUGUCAACAUGGCUCAGCUCAUGCCUGACCGAGAAUGGAUCUCGUUCGCUGCCCGAUCCGACCACCUCCUCGACCCCGAAACUCCCUUGCGUAACCCCGAUCUCAUCGACUACCCUGGAAAGAGCGACCCCUCCGUCACUCCCGUCUACUCUGGUAUGCUCGAGCGCAAGAAGAGGUUCACCAAGUCCUACAAGGAAGGAUUCUAUGUCCUUACCCCUGCCGGUUACCUCCACGAGUAUGCUUCCUCCGACCCCUCUACCGCUACCCACCCCGUCUGGUCUCUGUUCCUCCCCGCUUGUACCCUCGGUCCCCCUUCUUCUGCGGCUACUGCCAAGUCGCACAAGUUCCACAUUGAGGGUCGCAAGGACGGUACCUCGGCUUACGGCAAGACCCCUGGCGGUCGAGGCUUGUUCCGAGGUAGCGACACUGCCUUUACGUUCCGUGCUAGGUCUCACGAGGAGAUGAUGGAGGUCUGGAACGACCUCCGUAUGCUCGUCGCCAGGUACCUCGUUGCCAGUGAGCAGAUGGAGCGUGAAGGUCCCAUCACCCAGGCUGUCAGGGCUGUCGGUUACGGCGAUUCUGAAGAAGAGUUGGAGGAUGACGAAGAGGAAGAAGAUGACGAGGGAAGUUCUGUCGAAGAGGACGAGGAAGAAGAGUUGGAGGAUGAGGCGCACACUGCCGAGGAGGAGGUACCCGCGUACUCUCACGGCGGUGCCCCCGUCGAAGUUGGACCCAACGGCUACGCUGUCGAGAAGAAGGAGAAGCCCGAGCUCGCUCCCGAAGCCGAAGUUGCCUCUGACACUGGCCGCCAUUUGUCGCGCCGAGAAGAGAAGGCUCCUGCCCGUGAGCAGCCCACAACUGGUGAGGCUCCAUCCACUGCUCCUGUAGUCCAGGAAGAAGGUGCAGGUGUCGGGUCAUCUGUCGCUGGCGAGAGCGUGGGUCCGGAUGGGGGACCAGCGGAAGAGUUGGAGACACCUCCUGCUGAGGGGAAGGGUCUCUUGAGCCGAUUCACAGAGAACUUUGCUGGUGGCAAAAAAGAGUAA